UGACGUUCACAGUGACGCCCGGUCAAGCGAGUCUAUGCCCCGAAGGUUACCAAGAAUUCACCGUUGAUUCCGCACCGGUGAAAAUAAAGUUUUACAUGUAUGGAAAGGAAAGUAAGGGGUCGUGGUCCACCAUCAGAAGCAAGUGCAGGGACGAAGGGGCUGACCUAGCUGAGCUAAGAGGAGAUCUCGUCAGACAGGUGCGCAAUUACAUCUUCGAUCACCCAGAAUGUGGUUACGAAGAUGAAGGCUUCUGGAUUGGAGGAAGUGAUGCUAUGGAAGAAGGAAAAUGGGUUUGGAAUAGCGACAACUCACCCAUUGGAGAUGACGCGCCCUGGUGGCCAGGCCAGCCUGACGGAGGAACUAACGCCAACUAUGCCUGUGUCUACACACCUGACUUCUACCUCCACAGCUGUGACAAUGAUAUCAUGAUCUACGGCCUGUGCCAGAUUUAAAUAACAAUGUUUUGUGACAGUAAAAGAAUGGCAUUUUA